CCUGCAAAUUUGUUCCUGAGUCCCGUCCACGUAUCACAAAAUCGAAACUUUUCAGCGGAAUUGAAACCGAGUCUUGUAUUUCAUCUGUCACAGCUUCUCACAGCUACACGCAACGCAUACAUUCCUCGUAUGAUGGCUUACCCUCAACACACGCCGUUUUAUAAUCCGAGAAUUCCAUUCACUGGUUCCAUCAGUGGUGGUCUACAGGAGGGCAAAUCCAUCACCAUUAGUGGAUGGGUCCAACCUGGAGCUGACAGGUUCCAUGUGAAUUUACAGUGUGGCUCCAGCGCAAAUGCAAACAUUGCGCUCCAUUUCAACCCACGGUAUGACAGUCAUGCAUGCUACGUUGUUACCAAUACCUUCCAGCAUGGCCAUUGGGGGACAGAAGAAAGGAAGCAAAACGCGCCUUUACCCAUUGGCUCUGCCUUCAACCUGCUGAUCACAGUCACCAGGGACUCCUACCAGCUGUACGUCAACGGCGCUCCCUUUAUGGAGUAUAGACACCGUAUUCCAUUUUACCAAAUGGAUACCAUCUCCAUUGCUGGACAAGUCGACAUUUCCUCCAUUACCUUCAUUAAUUCAAUGCCGGCAUUUCCUGCUCAGCCCGGUUUUCCCUCACAGGGAAUGUUUCCAAACCAGCCAGGAUUCUCACCUUUUCCAGGAUUUCCCCCACAGCCUGGAUUCCCCUCACAACCAGCAUUCCCCUCACAACCAGGAUUGGCUGCGGCAAUCUAUACUGUUCCAUACAAGGCCUUCAUCAGCGGAGGAUUUAGGGCUGGCAGGAUCAUUACCAUCCAAGGGACUGUUCACCCCAAUGCCACAAGAUUCCAUGUCAAUCUGAACCAUCCCGCUGGCAUUGCUCUACAUUAUAAUCCACGUUUCAAUGAGAACGUCGUGGUUCGCAACACCAAGCAGGGGGAGAAAUGGGGCUCAGAGGAACGUGGUGGCCCAAUGCCCUUUCACAAGGGACAGCCUUUCACGCUGACCAUCUGUUGUGAGAAUCACUCCUUCAGGAUCGUGGUGAAUGGAAUGCAAGCUUACACCUACAAGCACCGUUUCACUCACCUGCAACACAUUUCAGACCUGGAGAUCAACGGCGACAUCAGCGUCACCUCGGUGAAUGUGUAGAAUUCAGGAAGGGCAGUCCCACAUAGUAUGUGAUGGCCUCAACUAUCAUGUAUUUUCUCAUUUGUUAUUUUCAAAUGCACACAAUUAACAUAUAUUCAGAUUAAUGACUGUACUGUAUCAUGACACUCGGCUAAAAACAGUCUUGGCUGAAAAAUAAGUUCACUGAACUCUGUUUACAUGGCUGACUGAAUGAAACUAUUAAAGUAACAAUAACACCAAAAUUUGAUAUGUCAGUACUUUCACUGUGAAACCAAGUCACUUUGGGAAGUUGACUCUGGCAUAUCAUUUCAGUGUUUUUUUCCCCAUUUGUACAAUCAUUCUUCAUUUGUGACAAUUUUAAAUAAAGUUUGGUGUGUUUCAGUU